CCUGCAGGUUGUGGAAACAAGAUGAAGACCAUGAAAGUGAUUUUCUUGACUCUGCUGUCUGUUCUCGCAGCCAGCGCUCAGGUUUUGAAGUUUGGCAAAUGUCCCAAACCAGCUGUUCAGGCCAACUUUGAUGCUACCAGGUAUAUUGGUAAGUGGUAUGAGAUCCAGAAGCUGCCAACAGCCUUCCAGAAAGGCGAGUGCGGCACUGCCACCUACAGCCUGAAGAGCCCCGGAGUUAUCGGUGUCCUCAACAGGGAGCUGCUUGAUGAUGGAACCAUUAACUCUAUCGUCGGCUCUGCCAAGACCAAGAACCCCACCGAGCCUGCCAAGCUUGAGGUCUCCUUCUAUGAAACAUCUCCCCCAGGUCCUUACUGGGUGCUUUCCACCGACUACGAGGGUCACUCUCUGGUCUACGGCUGCAGCGACUUCGGCCUGUUCCACAUGGAGCUGUCCUGGAUCCUGAGCAGGGAGCCCACCCUGUCUGAGGAGACCGUAGAGCAGCUGCACGGCAUCCUGUCCGCUGCUGGAGUCAAUGUGGGCAAGAUGGUCCCCACCAACCAGGAUGAGACUUACUGCAGCCCCAUGAACCAGUAA